AUGGCCUGCACCGCACUGUUGACUAGGGGCCCGGGUGUUGUGGACACUGUCCAGGCCGAGCUUAGCGAGGCACUCACCAAGCCCGGCGACCGCGUCGCCAUGCAGGUCAUUCCACCAUGCGUGGUGCAGGCCCGCCGCGACCACCUGAUCAAGGGUGCAUUUGUCCAGAGCAGAAUUGGCGCUUAA